CGUAUUUUUACAUCACUACAAACUACAAAUAUUCAUUCGCUUUGAAAGUUGGAACUCUAAUGCAAUGCGAUUAUAGCUCGUAAACGCAAAGCAAACAGUUUGACAGCGCAUGUCGCGAGCGUGAACGUGGUGCUGUUAGUGUAAAUUGCCAGAGCGUCCAGAGCGAACGCACCCAUAGCUCCGAAUUUCACGUAAUAAUAUAUCAUAAUAGUUUUUGUCAAUCUGUCAUUACUUAUUAUUUUUCUUUAUGUUUAUUGUAUAAUUGUGUUAAUCUUUAAGUGUCGAGCUGUCAUAGUUUUUACUAGAAGCUAAUAAAAAAAAUAUGUCAUAAUAUUAUCUAACUUGCUUAAAAUUAAAAAUAUGUUUUUGAGGAGUUAAAUAAUUAAAUAAUAGCGCAGUGCAGCCUUCUCUACAUUCAAAUGUUGUAUUUUAUAUAGUACAAAUUUAAUGUACCUGGGUUUUAUUACGAUUCACGAUUAUAACACAGAUUUCAGAUAAUCUGUGGUUAUGGAUAGAUUCUAUCUCACAUACACACUACAUCAAUCUGUGUUCUAUCUAUAACCGUGAUUGUGUUAUAUGAUAUUAAUAAAAGUGAUAAACAAUUUUUUUCGAUAAUAGUUUAAAGUUUUAAAACUUGAUUUAUUGUAGAUUUUUAGCUCAACUUUAAAUGUUGUGUUUACCUAUAUUAAUUUAUAACAAACAAGUUAUAAAAUGAAAUUGUGAAAUUCGAUUGAUUUAUUGAUAUUAUAAUAAUGAAUGGGAUGAAUGAUUAUGGCAAAAAACACCAGGAAACUUUUCGUUAUACAUUUUCUACACUAAAUAUUCCUGAGACUUAUAAAAUUGAAGUACCUAUAGAUAUACCAUUUGAAGGUUGUAUAAAUGAAUUAAGUCAUAGAAUUAUAAAUGGACUUAACUUACCGUUAUACGUCAUUGAAGGUAAUAUUAUAAUUAUUUGAUUUCAUUUAAUUGCAAAAAUAUAUAUUACCUAUAUUUUGUUUCUAGAACUUCAUGAUGAAUUGGAAAAGUUUAUAGACAAAUGUUCAGUUGAUUUUUAUGAUCGACAAACUGUUGAUGCAAUAGACUGUAUAAAAAACGAAACUAUAGAAAUAGAAGAUAUUGUUAAGUAUUGGGAAAAAGCUUUUAAAGAUGUAAGUGUUAAGGUUAAUAUUUUAUUUCAUUGUUUUUAGAUAAAUUUCAUUACAAUACACAUUAAUAAAUGUUUUCUAGGAAACAUUUUCGUUUGCUGAUAAUAAAGGACCGAGUAAUAAUCAAUUAUUUGCCACUACAUUUCAUAAGUUAGCUCAUUCUGGACCUUCUUUGGAUGCAAUUCUCCAUAUAGAAUAUGGCUAUGCCCAAGCAGUUCAAGAUAUUAUGAAUAGAAAAUCUAGACAAGUCUUAACUGUGACAACAGCGUAUGUUUGUAAUUUAGAUAGAAAAAUAAAAAUAAUAAUUUUUUUGAUCUAUUUUCUUUAGUCAAACAAAAGAAAUGAACUAUGCUAUGGAUGGAUUAAACAAUUAUAGUACAGAAGAUGAUAUUAAUGCUCUAGCACUUAAGCAUUUUGAUGAUCAAACAUUAAUUCAAGUAAAAACUAAAAUUAUUUCUAAGAUAUUUACUAAUGGAUAUUGAUAAAUGACACUUUAUAAUUGGUGAUGAUUAAAGCUCAGUUGUUAAUGACCACAAUUUCUUUAAAAUAUGCAGUUGUUUUCCUUAUAAUUUGUUUUAUUUUAUUUAUUACCUAAAGAAUAAUAUGUAUCAAAUAUACCUAUUUUUCAACAGAUAUAUGCAAAACAAAGGUGUUAAUAUUAAUUUAAAAUAAAUUAUAUACUCUUUUAAUCAUGCAUACAUUAAAAAUAUACAUUUUUUAAACAGUUUAACAAAGUUUUACAAAAAACUGGGUUAAUAUUAAUUUAAAAUAUAAAUGAUUCAAAAUAAAAAAAUAAAAUAAUUUAAAAAUAUAAAUGUUACAUAUGUUAAAUACUUUAUUUGGUUAAUAGUUACCGUACAAAUUUGUAAUACUAUAUUUAAAAUGGUUUAAGAUGUGCUACUAAAUCUAGAAAUAAUCAAUACAUGCAUUUAUAUGCUCGAAAAUAUCAAAUACAGUAAAAUCUCGAUUAACCAUCAGUCUCGGGACCAGAGCUUUGACGGAUAAUUAAAAAGACGGUUAAGCAAGCAACAAAAAUUUAAACAUACAUACAUAUUAUUUAUUAUUAUUUUUUUAGUAAUUAUGACAUACACAUUGAUAUAAUUAGGUACUAUUACUUAUCGGUACAUUAUUAUUAUUAUUUUUUAAUUUAUUAUUUACAAUUACGUACAUACUUAACAAUUAAUUUAACGGUUAAUUUUUGUGUUUUUAACAUAUUACGUGCUUUUUUGGCUGCCAUAUCUCUAAUUCUUCGAAGUAGUAAUAGCUGAGUCGCAUCAGCUUCAGUUUGUUGUUCAAACCACUCAAAGCACUUGGAAAGCAUGGAUUCUGCUUCAGCAUGGGUGAUAGUUUUUGUAGGUUCUUCAAAUUUCUGUUCACUUUCGUAAUUUUCUUCUGGACCAUUUUCCUUUAAUACUUGUUGAAUAAGUUCGUAGUCAUUUAAGAACUCAAAACCUGCGUCAAGUUUAUCUAUAUCCAUCCACUUGAUAAUUCGCUUAAUAAUAUCCAAUUUUUAAAAUAAAUCAAGUACAACACGCUUUCGUUUUUCACUCAUUGUUUUUAAACUUAAAAUAUUUGCACACUCAAAGAGACUAAAAAGGCGAACGAACACACAUGCAAUAUAUAACUGACUGAAUUUUUAAAAACAAAAUGCGAUCACUAUCGCAAUUAACUGUUUUUAUCUCACCCAUUAAAUAUAUAUGUAUGUAUUUACAUAUAUACCUAUCGCUUAUCUAGUAGAUAUUGCCGGAAAGUUUCAGAUUAUAUAUAUGUAUUAUUAUCUAUAACCUACUCAUACACAAGUGGCCAGACGGUUAAUCAGGGGACGGAUAAUCGAGGUUCUGCUUUAUGCAAAUAUAUGCAAAAUAAGUUUGCAUAUUUGAAAUCUAGACUUCAUGAAUCAAAUUUAUGUCAUAUUCAAGGAUAAUUCUGAUUUCACAAAAGAAAAAAAUUCUCAAAGUCAUAAACAUCUGAGCUCUAGUGAUGAUAGUUUAUAUUAAAUACUUAGUUGAAGAAUUCAACAUAAGCAUUAAAUAAUAUUUCUCAAUUUUGUAAAGUUACAAUUAUAAAUUAUAAAAUAUAUUUAUAUACAUGUAAUAAUCCACUUUAAAUCGACCGACGUCUGUAAAUAAAUAAAUAUAGUCAGUAUCACCACAAUUUUGUAGAACUUAACUUAAGUGUCGUUGGAAUUUUCUUAUCACAUAAAAUACCUGAUGUUUCUCUCUACUUUAUCCAACUACAUUUAAUCAUACGUUUCACAUCUUCAUGAAAGACCCAGUUUUUCUAUAUAAAAGAUCUUAGGUAUUUAAAACUUUCAACCUUGCUUAUAACUGCCAAUUGUUACCUGUCUUUUAUUGUUCUUCCAAACUCAUUUUGUUCUACUUCUACUUAUUUUAGUCCCUUUUCUUCAAGUAUUACUUUCCAUUUCUUAAGUCCACUGUUAAUUUUCUCCUAUCAAAUCUAUAUCACUUGCAGACAUCAUACACCAUGGCACCUCUCACCAUUGUUCCUACGCUCAUCCAAGAUGAGACCAUCUGCCAAAGUCUUAUUUAGAUCUCCUCGUACUGUGUGACAGAAUUUUACACCAGCUGUCAACCUGACUUAGUCCUUAUUAUCACCUCUAAUGACAGUUAAAUAUAUCGUUGGGGUAUUCUGAUGCCUUUCCACAGGAAGAAUAGAAUUUUUAACUAUAAAAUGAAUUACAAUACCUUAGAGAAACAGUACUAUAUGCCUACUGGAAUCACCCACUUGGGCUUUCCACCAGUUGAAACUUAGGGCUUCAGGUUCACUAAAUCCAUAGCAUCAUAGGCCUUCUUAAGGUUCUAUUUAUAAGUAAUAUUAGCUAUAAGGAAUGAUAACGUUUAUAAUAAUAUGUUUAGUUACUAAUUAAUAGUUAUUUAUUGUGGCUAAUUUUUUUUUUUUUUUUAGGGUAAAUGGAAUAGUAGACUUGAUACUUUAAAACAGGAACAACGUGCAGGAUAUAGAGAAUGGGUCAUGAAAACUGUAGAAGAAAUGCAGGGAGUUGAUGGAUUGUAUUCUCCGAUAGGGUAUAAAUUACCAAAAUAUAUAUUUUUAUUUUAUAAUACUAUUUAUAAUAUUUAUAAUCAACAGCAAUUCUCCUAUUGGUACUGUAAAAAAUGGAUUUAUUAUUUCAAAUAUGUCAUUAUAUGAUAUGGAAGAAAGUUUCACCAUACAUCUUGGAUCACAAAUGAAAUCUACACAUAAUAUUCGUAUUAUGUCAGCUGAUACCUUAAAUCUUUUAAAAUUAACAUUAGAUGAAAACGGGUAUUUAAUUUUAUAUUUUAUGUAGUGUGUAAAAAAAAAAAAAAAAAAUCCAAUUAUUUGGUUGUUUUAGAACAGUUGUGCAUCAUCCUCAAAGAUUACAAACAGUACUCGAAUUAUAUUCUCAAGAUCUUAAAGGUCUUGUUUUAUUUAUUGAUACAAAUAAUUUAGACUUUUAUUCUGGACUUGGAAAAGGUAAUUUUUUGGUGAGAUCAUACUUAAGUUAUUUUGUAUAAACUAUUAAAAUUAAUUAUUUUUGUUAUAGAGUUUUUUGAUAUCUGUGAAGGUAGCACAGAAUUUCAUUUUAAUUCUCUACAGGAUCAGUUAGAAAUUAUUAAAUUGGAUCUUAAAGUAGCCGUAGAGAACCGCAAGUCUAAAGGGCCAGUUAGUAAUUUUUUAUCCCCAGAACUACAGGUAAGUAAAAUAAAAUAAAAUAUAUUAUUAAAAUGUAUGACAUAUAAAUUAUUUUAUUAAUAAAAUCACAGGCUCGUAGAAACAAGUCAAAACUUUUACAAUGUGGUGAUGUUUACAUUACAAAGCAUUCAAAUCUCGCUUCAGUUCAUCUAGUAUUUCACAUGGUUAUUGAUGAUUCAUUAAAAUCAGGUUAGCACUAUUGAUUGAUAAUAAAACAAAAAGUAUUAUAAUAUUUAUAAUUAAUAUUUUAGGUGAUAUCAACUCAAGACAUCCUGUAAUCUUAGGAUUACGGAAUAUUUUGAAAGCAGCUUGUUCUUAUGAUAUUACAAUGAUAACUAUUCCAUUAUUUUUAACUCAUGAAAUGACUGAAGUAAUAACAAAAUUUUUAAUUUUAUAUUUGAAAUGACCAUAAUAUUAUUAGUAUUUAAAUAAUACUGAUAAAAAAUAAUUAAAUAUUUAGAGAAUAUAUAACUUUGUAUAAAAUGUAUUGAUUUUUUAAAAUUUAUAUUAUUUAAAAAAAAAGAAGUUACAAUAGUUAACUACAAAUAGUUGUAUUUUCUCAGGAUAUGACUGUUCCUUGGUGUCAGAAAAGAGCAGAAUUGGUUUUAAAGUGUGUAAAAGGAUUUAUGAUAGAGUCUGUAUCACUGGGUGGAUCGGAGCUGAAGACUAUUCAGUUCUUAGUACCACAAGUGAGUUAGGAUUUUAUAUUUUAUUUAUAUAAAUUAAUUGAAUGUAUUAAUAAGCUGAAUAAAAUAAACAAUCCUAUGUUUAGGGAAUAUCUGAAGAGGUAUUUGGAAUAUUAGCAACAAUGGUUCCUACCAUAUUCAGAGUAUCGACUCCACUUGUGUUUAAUUCAUCAGAGCCAGAGAUUAAGUCAAAAGUUAAGAACAAAAAAAGUACAAAAAAUAAACGAAACUCUACAUCCAAGUAAUUUAUUUUUCUAAUAAUUGAUCAAAUUAAAAAUUACAAGCCUAUUCUUAAUUUUUUUUUAUUUGUUAAAAUAUAAUAUGUAUUUUUAAGAAUGUUUUAUUCAAAUAAAAUAUAAUACAGACCUUAUUAUGAACUAUCAUAAACCAUUUUAUUA